AUGGUUUACCAUCUCCAGAAUUUGGAAAAAAUUUUGCCACAAAUUAAAAAAUUAACUCUAUGUAGUGAUUUAUGUUUUAAAUAUAAAGAUAUAAGAUUUAAUGCUAAUUAUUGGACAACUGAAGAAAAAGAAACCAAAGUUUUGGAAUGGCAUAAUCAUAUUAAAUAA